AGGAACACAACACAGUCCACUCCAGAAGAUAUGUUGACAACAACAAAACUGUCUAUAAGUUUAAACAAAAAUAUAGAAUAUUUUUUUAACACUUUAAAAUUAUUUUUCAUUUUAAACGACUGUAAUCAUUUCAACUGCACUAAGAAUGUCUGGACUUGUGAAUGAAGGUAUGGAUAAAGGUUCAAUGAUGGAAUCAGAAGACAGAAUACAGAAGACAGUUGAUAUUUACAUUAGUGCUGAGGCUGUAAGAGACAUGAAACAUAAGAAAGACAUGGAUGACUUUAACACAUCGAAAACCCAAACCCUUCAACACACAGAAAGUGAUUCUGUGAGGAUCAGAAGCUCCAGAGCAGCUCUAGUGUGUUUGGGGCUGCUGCGUGUUCUUCUGCUGACUGCAGUCAUAGUGCUGUGUGUCUACAUCCAUACAAAGAGCACAAACUACACAGAAGAGAGAGACCAGCUACUAACCAAUAUUACCAGCCUGACAAAGGAAAGAGGCCAGCUAAUAACCAAGAUUACCAACCUCACAGAUGUGAGAGACCAGUUAAUAAUCCAGAAUGGUAAUCUGACUAAAGAGAGGGACCAAUUGAAAUCAGAAAAAAACAAACAGAUAUGUUUUGGCAAAGUAGAUGGAUGGACAAACUAUCAAAACAGUGCUUACUUCAUUUCCUCUGAGAAGAAGAACUGGACUGAGAGCAGAAAAUACUGUUCAGUCAGAGGAGCAGAUCUGAUCAUCAUAAACAACAAAGAGGAACAAAAUUUUGUCAGAAACAUUACUAGUUCUGAAUCAGUCUGGAUUGGUCUGACUGACCGUGAUGUGGAGGGCACAUGGAAAUGGGUUGAUGGCACCAACAUGAACUCUGGUUUCAGGUUCUGGGGGUCUGGAGAGCCAAAUGGAAAUGGAAACAAGGACUGUGCGCUGAUUUAUUCAUCAGGAUGGGCUGAUUUUCCCUGUAAUUUUAAUUAUAAAUGGAUCUGUGAGAAGACUAUAUUUAAAUGACUUGUUACAAUAUGUAUUCAUAUAUAGGGAGUGCAUCAUGAAACCUUAAACAUCCUUAAAAGUCUUUAGUAAUUUUACCUGUUUUUGUUUGCAUGACAAUUGAAUUAUGCUAAUCUGUAAAAACGCUAAUAUUAAAGCUUUCAUAUGUAUAAACUAUUUAAAUUGUCUUUGUUUUGAAGGCUCAAUCACACCUGAUUUCCUAAACCAAAUCAUGCAGGUGAAACUCUUAACCUAAUUGAUGACGAUUUUAUUGUAUUAUUA